ACUCCACUAACUAUUUUAUUGUUCAUAAUUCGAUCUCCAUUUUUCUUUGAGAAAAGGAAUAAAACAAUGGGGAGAGAAACUGAUAUGAGGUAAGCUUUUUGUCCAUUACAAAUUGACCACCACAGGCGCAGACAUCCUUGCUACCAACUUUCACAAAACCCCAAGCGGUGCUCAAGUCAUCUCCUGGCUCUUGCCAUCAUCUCCAACCUGCCUCUGCAUCCCGUUCCCUCCUCCAUUGCCGCUACCUCUGAAUCUGAAACGCUCACCUGGGGAGGCGAGUGAAGUGACUGUUGGGAGUGGCGUAGGCUGCAGAGCAAGCCAGCCAUGAGGCUUCCUCUGCUGGCCGCGGUGUGCUGCGCCCUCCUGGCGUGCGCCGCCCGGCCACAUUGCGCCGCGGAGGCGAAGGCCCGGCACUUCAAGUGGGAGAUCAGCAACAUGUUCUGGUCGCCGGACUGCGAGGAGAAGGUGGUGAUCGGCAUCAACGGCCAGUUCCCCGGCCCGACGAUCCGCGCCCGCGCCGGCGACACCAUCCACGUCGAGCUCAAGAACGCGCUCCACACCGAGGGCGUCGUCAUCCACUGGCACGGCAUCAGACAGAUCGGGACGCCGUGGGCGGACGGCACGGCGGCGAUCUCCCAGUGCGCCAUCAACCCUGAAGAAACCUUCACCUACCGCUUCGUCGUCGACAAGCCGGGGACGUACUUCUACCACGGGCACUACGGGAUGCAGCGGGCGGCGGGGCUGUACGGGUCGCUGAUCGUCGACGUGGCCGAAGGGGAGGAGGAGCCGUUCAAGUACGACGGCGAGCUGAACCUGCUGCUCAGCGACUGGUACCACGAGAGCAUCCACACCCAGAUGGUCGCCCUCUCCUCCAAGCCCUUCAGGUGGAUCGGCGAGCCGCAGUCUCUGCUGAUCAAUGGGAGAGGACAGUUCAACUGCUCAAUGGCCGCGGCGCACACGCCGGGCGCCACGCAGUGCGCCGCCGUCAACCGGCAGUGCGCGCCGGUGGUCCUCCCCGUGCAGCCGAACAAGACCUACAGGCUCCGGAUGGCGAGCACCACCUCGCUGGCUUCUCUCAACUUGGCAAUUGGUAAUCACAAGCUGACUGUGGUGGAGGCCGACGGCAACUACGUGGACCCGUUCGCCGUCGACGACAUCGACAUCUACUCCGGCGACAGCUACUCCGUCCUCCUGACGACGGACCAGGACCCGUCGUCCAACUACUGGGUCAGCGUCGGCGUUCGCGGCCGGCAGCCGAAGACGGCACCGGCGCUGGCCGUGCUCAACUACCGCCCGAAUCGCGCGUCCAAGCUGCCGGCCCUCGCGCCGCCGGCUACCCCGGCGUGGGACGACUACGAGCACAGCAAGGUGUUCACGUACCGCAUCCACGCGCGCGCCGGGACGCCGCCGCCGCCGGCGACGGCGGACCGCCGCAUCGAGCUGCUCAACACGCAAAACCGGAUGGACGGGCACACCAGGUGGUCCAUCAACAACGUGUCCAUGGUGCUGCCGGCGACGCCGUACCUGGGUUCCCUGAAGCUGGGGCUCAAGUCUACGCUCACCGCGGCGCGGCCGGCGGAGACGUUCAGCCGGGGUUACGACGUGCGCCAGCCGCCGGCGAACCCGAACACGACGGCGGGGGACAACGUGUACGUGCUGGCGCACAACACCACCGUGGACGUGGUGCUCCAGAACGCCAACGCGCUGGCUCACAACGUGAGCGAGGUGCACCCGUGGCACCUCCACGGGCACGACUUCUGGGUGCUCGGGUACGGCGAGGGGGCCUACCGCGGGGACGCCGCCGACGAGGCGCGGCUCAACCUCCGGGACCCGCCGCUGCGGAACACGGCGGUGAUCUUCCCGUACGGAUGGACGGCGCUCCGGUUCGUGGCGGACAACCCCGGCGUGUGGGCGUUCCACUGCCACAUCGAGCCGCACCUGCACAUGGGCAUGGGCGUCGUCUUCGCCGAGGCCGUCGACCGCGUCGGCAAGGUGCCCAAGGAGGCCGUGUCGUGCGGCGCCACGGCCAGCGCGCUCAUGAACGGCGACCACCUGUGAUUGCCGUGUGUGACCAGGGUGUGCGGCGUCAAGACAGCAAGGAUGCAUCGCGCUCGCUCGUGUGGACGCGUGUUUGCCGUUCGGUCUCCGUCCGUUAAUUAGUGUUCUUUAAUAUUUUUUGUUUAUUUAGGUUAUUGAGAUGUGAUCAUGUAAUGUAUUAGUUCUAUUGGUUAGUGUAAGUGAGAUUUAUCUCUGGUUGCAUUGGAUGAUUGGAAAUGCUGUAGAAUGGUUUGUUCGGGUAUUAAAUGACUCAAAGUGCCGGGAUCGCCUGUUAAUGGACGCAUCUUGGUCAUAGUACGGAGAGAAG